GGUUAAUUACAUGGGCGUGGCCUUGUUAUUAUUUCCUUUUUCAAAAUGGCGUCAGAAGAUUCUAGAGAUUUUGAGCCAUAUCCCGCCCUUGUUACCUGGUUGGAGAAUUGUCUGGUACUAUCAGGAGCUGGUGGAGGUUAUUCUAUGGAUAUUAGUGACAUCUCUGAUGGAACUGCAAUAGCAGCUUGCCUAAUGCACGUUGAUCCCCAGUACUUCACUAAGCAAUGGGGUACGAAGAUAAUUCCGGAAGCUUCCGCCAGCUGGAGACUGAAGAUGAGCAACUUAAAGAAGAUCCUAAAGUCAAUGCAGGAGUAUUAUGGAGAGACGCUUCAUGUCAAUCUCGGGAAAUUCACCAUACCAGACGUCUCGAAAAUUGCUGAACACAGUAAUGAGGAAGAGAUGGUUCGUUUGUUGCAGCUGCUCUUAGGUAUUGCAGUUCAGUGUGAAGAUAAAGAAAGUAAUUGA